AAUCUGGCUUGCACUCGAUAACCUACUCUUGCUACGGAUAGAUCAAUGAUUUGUAUUUGGGUACCAAUAUUUCUUGCAGUAGUACAGAUUGCGGUUAAUGCUGCACAAACGAAGCAUCGACUUCUCUCUAGUGCUUUUGCUAUCCCUUGACAUGCUACUUAUUAUUACGUGGGUAAGUGAUGAAAUCAUAUACACAAAAAAUUCAAUGGCUUAUAGAUUCAGUGGUCGGAGGAGGAACAGCAGGAUUGGUCAUUGCCUCGAGGCUCGCACGAAUCGCCUCUGUUGGCGUAAUUGAGGCAGGUGGUUUUCACGAAGAAGACAAUGGAAACUAUAGUAUAGUACCAUACGGAAGCCUGCAAAUGCCUCUAGUUUAUUCCUCUGAAGAUUAUCCCAAGCAACGUCUCGUUGACUGGGACUUAUUUUCCGUACCACAAAUAAAUGCUGGGAAUCGACGGAUACACUAUGCAGGAGGAAAAAUGCUUGGUGGAUAUUCGGCACUGAAUGGGCUGUCAUAUUAUCGUGCUACUUUUGGGACGUAUCAAAUGUGGGCUGAGCUUGUAGGAGGGAAAAGUUUUACUUUUGAAAAUCUUCUUCCGUAUUAUAAAAAGUCAUGUCAUUUGACUCCACCGGAUAUUGAAAAGAGAAAUUCAACAAACGCAACUGUUGUAUACGAUGCCACAGGCUUUGAUAACUCCAUUGGAGGUUCCUUGCGAGUUUCAUGGAACAACCGGCUUGGCCCCAUGAUAGAAGCACUUGCACAAGCUGUGCAGUCUAUUGGUCUGCCGGUAAGCACAGAUGGCUUCAGUAGUGGUUCUCUCUUAGGUCACGGUACUUGGGUACCCUCCACCAUUGAAGCAAAGCAUGCUGUACGAUCAUCUUCACAGUCAAGUUUCUUGGAAGAAGCUAUCGAGAAUACGGAUAUCAUGGUUCAUGCCCACACUCAAGCAUUGAAGAUUCUGUUUGAUUCUGAUUCACCAAAAAGAGCAAAUGCUGUUUAGGUAGCGACAUCGGGAUUCGAAUAUAUUAUCAAAGCGACAAAAGAAGUCAUCGUAUCAGCAGGGGUUUUUCACUCAACACAGCUACUUAUGGUAUCUGGUAAGAGCUAUUCUUGACUUUAAAUGUACUAUGCUGGCUUGGAAAAGGAAUCGAUCCACGAGCUGUGCUUGAGCCCCAAAACAUCUCAUUGGUUUCAGAACUUCCGGGAGUGGACAAAAUCUUUGGGAUCAAAUCUCAUCCACUGUACUAAAUCAAGUGAACACACCAGGUGCUGGAAGUAUUGUAGCAAAUCCAGACAACUCUGCUGAGAUUCUACAACAAUAUUUCGAAGAUUCCACAGGGCCAUACAGUUCAGCGGCUAGAUACUUAUCUUUUGAAAGGAUUCCAGAAGAACUGCAAGCGAAUUUCUCACAACAAACAACAUUAUCACUAGAAUUCUUCCCAACUGACCGGCCGGAAGCAGGAUACGUCGGAGCAGGUUUUGCAGGUGAUAACUUUACUACCACAGGUGCCUUUGCCGGAAUUCUCACAGCGCCCCUUUCCCGCGGGAAUACCACUCUCAGUAGCGCCAGCAUACUAGACUCACCAAUAAUCGAUCUAGGUGGGUUCAGGAACCCUGGGGAUUUAGAAGUCGCCGUAGCAAUAUCCAAACGGGUCCGACAAAUUGGGGAUAGCGAUCCAGCUAAAUCCAUCAGAAUGUGUUCCGAAGUUCUUCCGGGACGGCAGUACAAACAGAUGAAGAAAUUCUUGAGUAUAUUCAACAGAAUUCGGCUCCAAUAUGGCAUGC